AUGAUCAACUCUACUCAGGUUUCAUAUUUCACACUUGGUGGCUACUUUGAUACCGGGCUUUUUAAAUACUUCUAUUUCCUGAUUGUUAUGUCUUUAUAUAUGUUAAUAGUUUGUGCCAAUCUCUUGCUGAUUGUGGUUAUCUGUAUGAACAGAAGCUUACAUGAACCUAUGUACCUUUUUCUGUGCAGCCUGUUUGUAAAUGAACUGUAUGGUAGUACAGGGUUGUUUCCAUUCCUUCUGGUUCAGAUCCUCUCUGACAGUCACACUGUUUCUGCUUCAGUAUGUUUCCUACAGAAUUUCCUUUUAUUCUCUUACGGAGGUGUAGAAUAUUUAAACUUAGCCGUCAUGGCUUAUGACAGAUACCUUGCUAUCUGUUGCCCUCUGCAAUAUAACACCCAAAUGUCAUUUAACAAAAUUGCAAUGCUUAUUGGUGCAACGUGGUUUUACCCUUUACUGAUGUGUGUCGUGAUGACAUCCUUAAGUCAUUCUUUACAGCUGUGUGGAAACAUUAUUAACAAAGUUUACUGCGACAACUACUCUGUUGUCAAAUUGGCCUGCUAUGACACCAGAGUUAAUAACAUUUAUGGACUCUUUGUUACUUCACUCUCAAUCAUUUGUCCUCUUAUUCUAAUCUUUUACACUUACAUGAAGAUCCUUAAAGUUUGUUUUUCUGGUUCUAAACAGACCAGACAGAAAGCUGUCAGUACCUGCACACCUCACCUCGCUUCUCUGAUCAACUUUUCCUUUGGUUCUUUCUUUGAAAUAGUACAGAGCAGGUUUGAUAUGAGCAGUGUACCCAAUAUUUUGAGAAUCUUUUUAUCAUUAUACUGGCUUACAUGCCAACCGGUUUUUAACCCUUUACUUUAUGGUCUAAACAUGUCAAAAAUUCGCAUCAUAUGUAACAGUCUUACCUUUGCUAAAGUGUAG